AUGAAACGGUGUUUGAACGCAUUGCAACAUGCAAAACAUCCAAAGACGCAUGGGAAGUUCUACACAAAGCCUACAGGGGUGAGAAUAGGAAGUCUAACUAGGAAGUAUGAAUCGGUUGUAGUGGCUAUUGAAGAAUCAAAAGAUUUAAAUGCAAUCUCCACCAAGGAGUUGCUAGGCAUUCUUCAAUCGCAUGACUUAAGGUUAAAACAGUAUGAUGAUGCAUCAGUAGAACAGGCUUUCCAAGUUCAAGGAAAUAGAUAUGAUAAAUCCAGACAAUUUAGGAUCGAUAAUUCUGGAAGGGGACGAGGGAAAGGAAAAGGUAAGUUCAACAGUAUGAUCCGAUGUUAUAAUUGCCAAAGGUUAGGGCAUACGGCAAGGUUUUGCAACAAGCGAGAAGACGACGAUUGGUCAAACAAUGUUCUGAUGCAUAAAGAUGAUGCAGAAGACGAAACCGAUGACACUAUGUUCAAGAUUUUUAAUAUGGAAGAAGUAGUUAAGAACGACUGCUGGUACCUGGAUAGUGGGUGCAGUAAUCAUAUGACGGGUAACAGGAGUUUAUUCAUAAAUCUAAAUGGAUCAGAAAGACGGGAAGUUCGAACCGGAGACGACAAACGAUUAGAAGUCUUAGGCUAUGGAGAUGCUAAUGUCAGAAUUAAAGGACAUGAGAAACGAAUCCAAAUGUAUUUUAUGUGGCUGGAUUAA